AUGCCAUUGGACAGUGAAUCUGCAUCUACUUCAAAACUUGAAGCUAGUAAAGUGAGUGUUAAGAUACCGCCAUUUUGGGUAGAGAAACCUGAAAUGUGGUUUUUCACCGUAGAGGCACAGUUUAAAAUCAGUGGAAUUACUUCCGAAGACACAAGAUUUAAUUACCUGGUUGCACAACUUGAACCCAAAUUUAUAGAAAACAUUUGGGACAUCAUUCGAGACGACACGCCAAACAAAUAUUCAGCCGCUAAAGAAAGACUUCUGAGCACUUUUAAAGAAAGUGAAAACAAACGCAUCAAGCGAUUGCUAACUGGACUAGAAUUGGGAGACCUAAAGCCCAGCCAACUACUCCGAAAAAUGCGUGCCCUUGGAGAUGCUGAUGAUGUGUCUGAAAAAAUUCUGAGAACCUUAUGGAUGGAGAAACUGCCAGACCAAGUAAAAAACAUUUUAAUUGUUAGUGAUGAAGGUACUGAUAAGUUGGCCACAAUGGCCGAUAAAAUUCUUGAGAUGAAUCCCCGGAUAGAGCUUGCGAGUGUGGUCCAAGAAGCUGGCCCAUAUGAUAUGUUGCUAAAAAAAAUUUCUUCACUUGAGCAACAAAUUGCGACUCUGAGUGUUCAACACACAAGAGACAGACGACGAAGUCAAAGCCAUCAAAGAAAUAGGAGCCGCAGCAGAUCCCGCAAGCGUUUUGACCCAGAUGGAAAAUACUGUUUUUUCCAUUUCAAAUUUGAAAAAAAAAAUGCUACCCUGAUAAAUGCAAACCUCCCUGCAGUUGGAAGCAGCCGGAAAACUGCAACUAGCAGUAGAAUCAGCGGCAAGCCCUGCUGCUACUGGAAACAUUAA